AUCGCACGCCACAGGAAUAUUACAAUAUUAGUUUUCUUUGCAUUUAUUUAAGAAAUUUGAUCUAAUUUACUUAAAAUGUAUCACAUAUUGAAGCGCAGCAUCAGUACGACCGCAGCGAGUUUUGGUAAGCACAAUUUUCGAAAAUUCCUGCUCUACAACAAGCGCGGUACACGAAUCUUCAAAAAGCUUCGUGCCGCUAAUCCGGAGCUAUACCCAGACAUGCCGAUCGACAAGCGAGGAGUUCGGGACACGGGCGUCACGCACGACGGCAAGUAUGUUGAAAUCGCGGAAAAGAUCCCGGAGAUCAUUGUACCCAACUUGGAGGGGUGCAAGUUUAAGCCGUACGUGUCCUACCGGGCACCGGAUGUGGUGCAGUCUGAAUUCACCAGCCAAGAUCUAUUCAACGCUGUGUACGCACAAAAAGUGAUCGACGAUUUUAAAGAGAGCAAGCUGAAUGAGGAUGGCUCUCCCAAGGAACCAUCCGAAGAAGAAUUGUUAAAUUCGGACGAGGCCUGGAACAGAGCGCGGAAGACGGGAUCGGAUAUAUUUUAGUUGCACAGUCACAAUAAAUUUGUAGUAGUACCAUCGAAUAAAACUUUAUUA